CGAUUUUUUACGCUAGCUCGGGGCUCUAGCUCGGGGCUCGAUCUUGGCGCGUGUGGAUCGGGGCUGCCUUAAACGCCGCGUCCUGCCCCAGUAGUAGAGCCUGCUCCAGUAGAGCCUGCCCCAGUAGUAGAGACGCUAACAUGGCGGGCGAAGGAGACAACUACUCCGUCUGCCGGACCUGCGGCGAGGAGUGGUCCAAGGAGCGGCGCGAGUUCUGGCUGACGGAGUACGAUGGAAGGUGGGUGAGGUACUUCGGCAGCUCGCGCAUCAUCAAGGACCGCGGGCAGUACCUCGCGUUCCGCGGCAUCCUGUUCGCGGGCAUGCUGUCGAUCCUGGUGUCCUCCAUCACGAUCGAAAGCUUGGAUGGGAAGGGCCGCUGCUGGCCUAUCUACCUCACGCACCAGGGCGCGCUCAUCGAGACCGUGUAUUUAGGAUUGGCCUUCUCCACCACCGCCAAGGCGUAUUACUACCGGGACGUGGAGGGCACGAAGGAUGCGCCCGAGCGGACGCCGUGGUACUGCCGCGCGGCCUGGAUUCUGCAGGGCAUCACGCUCCCCGCGUCCUUCCUCAUCUUCGUGUUGUACUGGGGUCUCGUGUAUGACGGCGGCAAGAUCUACCCGAUCUCGCCGUGGACGCACGGCGUCAAUUUUGUAUUGAUGGUGCUCGACCAGGCCGUGAGCAACCAGCCCAUGUAUUUGGUCCACGGCCUGCUCUUCAUGGUGUACGCGUUCUUGUACUGCCUCUGGUCCUAUAUCCACUUCGCCAGCGGCCUGAAGAACUGCGAGAACGACCGCUACAUCUACGCGACGCUCAACUGGAAGUACCACGGCAAGGCGUCCAAGCUCGCCGCCAUGAUCCUCCUCGUCGUCGCGCCCUUCUUCAACAUCGUCUUCUGGUGCCUGUUCUUCCGGCGCGUGCGCGGCGUCACCGAGACGCCCAAGGCCGCGGACCGCGUCUGAGCGCCCGCCGACCGCCGAAAUUCGACAUUUCCACUCCCCCGUCCCGGGCCGCUCCUACUUCGUAACAGUCUUGCUUUGCUUGGA